CACUGCUUUGUCGCAAGAUUUCGGAGUUGAAGACAUUGAAAAUUUAUUCAAAGCUUGUUGAGUUUGCUAUCGUUUUUUCUGUUCUAAACGUAAAAUACGAUUUCGUAAACAAAAGCAUAAAGAGAAAAGUCAAAGAUUUGUGAUACGCACAGUGAUUUUAUUAUGAACCGUCGUAGAGGACAUGAUGAUGAAGAAGGAUAUGAACGCCUCCAUCGGAAAAGGCGUCGUGUAUCUGAAAACCAAGAAAUCGAGGAUCGCUUAGAGUCCUUAAUUUUAAGAGUUGGCGAAAAAAGUAGUUCCAGUUUGGAGAGUAACCUAGAAGGAUUAGCAAGUGUACUGGAAGCCGAUUUGAGUACCUUUAGAGUUAAAAUACUACGGAUACUAACGGAUUGUGCUAUCCGCAUGCCCGAGAAAUGUACAAUCUAUGCAACUCUUGUUGGUUUGUUGAAUGCAAAGAAUUAUAACUUUGGUGGAGAAUUUGUUGAUUACAUAGUAAAAACCUUUAAAGAAAAUCUUAAAGUCGGGAAAUGGAAUGCUGCUAGGUAUUGUCUAAGGUUCAUUGCGGACUUGGUGAACUGUCACGUAUUGGCUGCUUCAUCAUUGCUGACUUUAUUAGAGACAUUAGUAGAUUCUGCUAAUGAAGAUGGAGUACCUCACGUCAGAAGGGAUUGGUUUGUAUUUGCGGUGCUGUCAGCAUUACCUUGGGUUGGUCGGGAGUUGUAUGAAAAGAAGGAAUCUCAAUUAGAUCACUUACUUGUGACUAUAGAGGUUUUCUUGAAUAAACGGAGUAAGAAACAUUGGCCAGCCUUAAAGGUGUGGUCGGCUGAUUCACCUCAUUUACAAGAAGAAUAUUUGGAUUGCCUCUGGUCUCAGAUAAAGAAGUUGAAACAAGACAAUUGGUCAGAGAAACAUAUUCCAAGGCCAUAUCUUGCCUUUGACUCUAUUCUUUGUGAAGCUUUACAACACACACUUCCUGCCAUUCAGCCACCACCCCAUAAUGACACUGAUACUUAUCCAAUGCCUCGGGUUAUAUUCCGUAUGUUUGACUACACAGACUGUCCAGACGGACCAGUUUUGCCUGGAGUGCACUCUAUAGAGAGAUUCUUGAUAGAAGAACAUUUGCACAAUAUUAUUGAGACAUAUCAUUUAGAACGUAAAGAAUGUGCUGCUCAACUCCUCUGCUUUCCUUACAAAGCCAAAAUUCCUCUGGAAUAUUGCAUAGUUGAGGUGAUAUUUGCUGAAUUAUUUAAUUUGCCAAAACCAAGGUAUUUGGAGAUAUGUUAUGGUUCAAUAUUAAUUGAACUUUGCAAGCUUCAGCCAUCAACAAUGCCACAGGUUCUAGCUCAAGCUACUGAAAUUUUGUUCAUGAGGAUUGACACCAUGAAUGUUGCUUGCUUUGACAGGUUUGCGAACUGGUUUGCCUACCAUUUGAGCAACUUCCAGUACAGAUGGUCAUGGGAAGAUUGGGAGGCGUGUCUCCAAUUAGAUCCUGAACAUCCAAAACCCAGGUUUAUCAGAGAGGUCCUCGGAAAAUGUCUAAGGCUAUCUUACCACCAAAGAAUCAAAGACAUGGUCCCAGAGUCGUUUGCAUCAUUUGUGCCACCCAAGCCUGAACCAAUCUACAAGUAUUCCAUGGAAGGUGCAGCUGCUCUACCCGGCACCGAAGCCGCCCAUCAGCUCGUUGUAUUCGUGCGUAACAAGUGCACACCCGAAGAAGCCUUGAACGUUCUCCGCGACCUACCGAACCCCCUCAAGGAGGGCGAACAAACGGCCAACCAGCCGACCGCGUACAACCCCCUGAAAAUCGACGUCUUCGUGCAGACCCUGCUGAAUCUCGGCAGCAAGAGCAUUUCGCACAGUUUCGCUGCGAUCUCGAAGUUUCAUUACGUUUUUAAGAUCUUAGCCGAGUCUGAGGAGGCGCAGAUAUGCAUCCUCCGCAACGUGUGGGAGCUGUGGCAGCGACACCCGCAGAUGGUCUGCGUGCUCAUCGACAAGAUGCUCAAGACUCAGAUCGUCGAGUGCAGCGCCGUCGCCACGUGGCUCUUCUCGAAGGAGAUGGCGCCCUACUUCACGCACGGCUGCCUCUGGGAGAUGCUGCAUCUGACCAUCGACAAAAUGAACAAGCACGUGUCGAAGCUCAGUGCAGAACUCCAGGAAGCCCGCGAAGCAUUAGCGAGAGCGGACUCGAGCAGUUCGGAUUCUGAAGAUGAGAACAGUAAGAAGAAGAAAGACCAGGACAAGCCUACUGAAGAGGCGGUCGAGCGUAUGGAGGAGCGCCUGGAAGCUGCACAUAUGGACCAGAAGCGGCUCUUCCUGAUCGUGUUCCAGCGGUUCAUCAUGAUCCUCUCGGAGCAUCUCGUCCGCUGUGAUACAGACGCACGGGACCCUCACACGCACUGGUACCGCGCCACGCUGCACCGCCUCACGCAGGUCUUCCUCAUCCACCACGAGCAAGUCCAGAAGUACAGCAGCACGCUGGAGACGCUGCUGUUCACGCAGGACCUGGACCCUCACAUACUGGACGUGUUCCACCAGUUCGUGGCGCUGACCGCGUGAGCGUCGCCGCGAGACGAACAACACACAACGUUAAAGACUGCUCCAUAGAGACGACAUUCGCUGGUUGAUUAUUAAGUUAAGGGAUUCUCGUAAUAUAAUAAUAAUAAUAUAAUUAUUUGUGCAGGACUUUUAUAUAUCAUCAUGAUACAUUAUAAUUACAUAUUUAGGUGGGAUGUCAUCUGUCAAAUCUGUUAGCUUUUUGUUCGCAUAAUGAUUAAAGUCAAUUUGAAUAUAUUAUUUUCUUAUGAUCUUAAUUUGUUAAUGUUGUCGUGGAAGUGUUGUCAUGUUUUUUUUUAUUGCCUUUUUAGGCAGACGAGCGUAAGGCCCACCUGAUGGUAAGUGGUUACCGUCGCCCAUGGACUUCAGCAAUGCCAGGAGUAGAGCCAAGCCGCUGCCUACUGCAAUAUAUGUAAUAUGUAGUAGGCUUUGAAGACGGGAUGCGUUAAAAAUACGUUCGUGUUCAUUUAAAAACAAAUCGCCAGAAAGUUUUGAUGUGAAAAUUGGUUAGCCAUUUUCUUUUUGGUGUCGAAUCUAACUAUAGAUUAAAUGUUUCGAAAAAUGUUCGUUAAUAAAUUCAAUAUGUAUUAGAAUUUUAACUUACUGAGAUGUGUUGUGUUGUGUACGGGACAGUGCUCAUGUUAAUCAUAGUGCUCUCCAGUUCGCCUUGUGUCCAUAAGAUGGCGCACUCGCAGGAGGGGAGCUCCACUAUGACUCGUUUUUGUUUUUUUAUUUUUUUUAUUGCCUAUACAGAUGGACGACUCACAGCCCACUUGCUGUUAAGUGGUUACUGGAACCCAUAGUCAUAUACGCCUUGAGAAUUGAGUUCUAACGUCUCAGUAUAGUUACAACGGCUGUACAUAACUUUCAUUGUUGAUGAGGGCAUUCACGCUGUGAUAUAUAUGGGCUCCGAUAACCACUUAACACCAAAAACUUAACAAGGGUUUGGUGAUAAGUCUUCUAAAACUUUACUAAGUCUAAGUCUAGGGGUUUUUUUAUUGCCUAGUUGCUUAGAUAUAGAGCUAACGGCCCGCCUGGUGGACACCCCACAUCGACAAUGUGAAUGCCGCCACCCACCCUUGGCAUGAGUUCUAAUUCUGAAUACAACGGCUGCCGUGCCCUUCAAACCAAAACGCAUUACUGCUUCACGGCAGAAAUAGGCGGGGUGGUGGUACCUACCCGCGCGGACUCACCAGAGGUCCUACCACCAGUUAUUACCGUACCCUGGCUCGGACGGUGGGUACCUGUAUCCCCAGCGCGGCACAGGUUAGGGGUUGAUCCAGAGUGCGGAGUGACUUGUAGCCUUAACAUCACGCCGCGGCUACCGCAUCAGCUUCGCUAACAAUUUCUUGGGAAAAAGACAUCCCACAGUCUCUUGAUUUAAAAAAAAAACGGCAGUACUGUGGAAAUGGUUUCUCAUAGAAUAAAGUAAACAGAAUGUUGUUGGGUGAACUAUAAAAAUAUAUAUCUAUAUGUUAAUACGUGAAUUGCGCGGACGGAGGAUUAUGGAAUUUCUCACACUUAUAGAGAACACAGAGAAGAAA